AUGGUGUUUCUCUCCGGAAAUGCCUCCGACAGCUCCAACUGCACCCACCCGCCGCCACCGGUGAACAUUUCCAAGGCCAUUCUGCUCGGGGUGAUCUUGGGGGGCCUCAUCCUUUUCGGGGUGCUGGGGAACAUCCUCGUGAUCCUUUCCGUGGCCUGCCACCGGCACCUGCACUCGGUCACACACUACUACAUCGUCAACCUGGCGGUGGCCGACCUUCUCCUCACUUCCACGGUGCUGCCCUUCUCUGCUAUCUUCGAGAUCUUGGGCUACUGGGCCUUCGGCAGGGUCUUCUGCAAUGUCUGGGCGGCGGUGGACGUCCUGUGCUGCACGGCUUCCAUCAUGGGACUCUGUAUCAUCUCCAUCGACCGCUACAUCGGCGUGAGCUAUCCUCUGCGCUACCCUACCAUCGUCACCCAGAAGAGGGGCCUCAUGGCCCUGCUCUGCGUCUGGGCGCUCUCUUUGGUCAUCUCCAUUGGGCCCCUCUUCGGCUGGAGGCAGCCGGCCCCGGAGGACGAGACCAUCUGCCAGAUCAACGAGGAGCCGGGCUAUGUGCUCUUCUCGGCUCUGGGGUCCUUCUACGUGCCGCUGACCAUCAUCCUGGUCAUGUACUGCCGGGUCUACGUGGUGGCCAAGAGGGAGAGCCGGGGCCUCAAGUCGGGCCUCAAGACCGACAAGUCAGACUCGGAGCAGGUGACGCUCCGCAUCCAUCGCAAAAACGCCCCGGUAGGAGGCAGCGGGGUGACCAGCGCCAAGAACAAGACGCACUUCUCCGUGAGACUGCUCAAAUUUUCGCGCGAGAAGAAAGCGGCCAAAACGCUGGGCAUCGUGGUCGGCUGCUUCGUCCUCUGCUGGCUGCCUUUUUUCUUAGUGAUGCCCAUUGGGUCUUUCUUUCCUGAUUUCAGGCCCUCAGAAACCGUUUUUAAAAUAGCAUUUUGGCUCGGUUACCUAAACAGCUGCAUCAACCCCAUUAUAUACCCAUGCUCCAGUCAAGAGUUUAAAAAGGCCUUUCAGAAUGUCUUGAGAAUCCAGUGUCUGCGACGAAAGCAGUCCUCCAAACACACCCUGGGCUACACACUGCAUGCACCCAGCCACGCCCUGGAGGGACAGCACAAGGACCUGGUUCGCAUUCCGGUGGGAUCUGCAGAGACCUUCUAUAAGAUCUCCAAGACGGAUGGGGUCUGUGAAUGGAAAAUUUUCUCUUCCCUACCCCGCGGAUCUGCCAGGAUGGCGGUGGCCAGAGACCCGUCAGCCUGCACCACUGCCCGGGUGAGAAGUAAAAGCUUUUUGCAAGUGUGCUGUUGCCUGGGGGUCUCGACCCCCAGCCAUGGAGAGAAUCAUCAGAUUCCAACCAUUAAGAUCCACACCAUCUCCCUCAGUGAAAAUGGGGAGGAAGUCUAA